AUGGACAUUUCUUAUCCUUAUAUAUCUCAGGUUUUCGUGUAUGUAAUACUUUCAUUAUUGGGAGUUUCUCAUUUAGCAGUUUUAUUGAGAAAGAGUGAAUCAUUUAUAAAUUCAGUGUUGUAUAAAUUAAGAGAUAGUUGA